UAAUAUAAUGCUAUCUUAAGUAUUUUUUAUACUAGUUUAUUCGUUUACUCUGAUCAGUUUGAUUUUUAUUACAAUCAAGCAAUUAGAAUUUACGUAAAUAGAUGGCAGAAAGCUUUAUUAUCAAUAAUCGGAAUUUGUUGCAGUGUUUUAUAUUGCUAACCAUCAAUAAUGAAGAUGCUUAUAUUACUAAUUUCAUCUUAUAUCAAGAGAGAGAGAGAGAGAGAGAGAAGAAAGAAAAAAAGAGAAGAAGAGAGUUUGAAUGUUCUAACCUACUUGAAUCUCUACAAAUCUCAGUGAAUUUCUGAUCGCUGAUGAAUACAGAGUUCCAAAAAAUUAAACGGAUAUAUCCAUCAUCCAAAUCAAGGACGGAGAUGUACUAACCAAAAUCAAGCCAGCUUCGGGUAUUGUGAUUGAUUCAUAGAGUCUACAAGCAUGUUGUAAAAAAAAUAUCAAUCACGCUGAAUGUAGCGAAUUCGAUUCACUGCACUGAGUGUCGAUUGCCGUUUUCACGUUCAUCCUGUUAACAGGGAGUCUCUCUCUUUUUCUGUGUUUAAAUGAAAAAAUGUCAGCUCUACUUUUCUAUACCUUAUUUUAUCUUUUGAUGUCCGGAUGUAUUGUUUAUCCGCCGACAGAAUUUGUCUCAGCGGGACUGACCGUCAAGGAUAUCUUUGCAAGCUGGCUUGGUAGCGAGAAUGAAUUUUUCGUACAUUAUCAUAUUAGAAGGAGCAUAGCCACGUUACUUCUACAUUCUCUAUUACCUCUGGGCUAUAUCCUAGGAUUGAUUUUCUUCAAUCACAUAGAUACUGGAAAAUUGUUAUUAGCUGAUGGAAAUUAUCUUGGACCAUUAAUCGUUCUUUGCGUCAUGAUCGUUCCACUUUAUAUGCUGAACAAAGUCUUUGAAUGGUCCGCCCAUAAUUGGACUACGCAUCCAAUAGCACAGAAUUUAUCUGUAUACAGUAAUAAUAAUACACCAUGGACAGUUGUCGCCGCGGAUAACGCGGAAUAUCGAAGAAUAGAUAAAAUUGUUAUUGCAACAAAUAGUGUAACUCGUGUUGUAGUAACGGAUAAUUGGAUUAUUAAGAUUACACCUUAUAAAUUACAAGUAGCACAUCAAAGUGAUGCGACAUUAGUCGUGAAUAAAAGCGACGUACAUUUCAUGUCACCGACAACAAGAGAUCAAGUUCAAUUUAUUAAUAUACAAGUGAAACCCAUGCGUGCGAUGGCACAAGAAUUUGACAUAAGAUUAAACGCGUUGGAUUUUAAGGAUUUUCAGGACAAAGUUUCCCGACCAAUUAUUGUACUGGACAAUAUAACGUUCCAUAGAACGCUGCUUGACAGAUUUAUUGAUACUUUCAAAGAUGAAGUCGCUAAAAAUCCAUUCUAUAAUACUACCCAGGAGUUGAGCCAAUGUAUCGGAUGCAUGCAAGCGAUCUCGAAUGUAAAAUUAUACAGAUUAUGCAGUAGUAUCGAAACUAGAAACCAUGAUUGUACAAUGUGUGACUGCCGUCCAAUGUGGUGUAUAGAAUGUAUGGCAAAGUGGUUUGCCUCGAGGCAAGAUGAGAAUACACCAGAAACGUGGUUGUCCUCCAAGUGCACCUGUCCUCUUUGCAGAGCACGAUUUUGUGUCUUAGAUGUCUGUCUUGUAAGACAUCCUAAUAGUCGUUAUGAUCCUAAUGAUCCUAAUUUUCCUAAUUAAUAUUCAUAUGUAUUAUUCUUAUGAAAUUCUUAUCUGUAUCAUAAUUUUUUUUAAUUAAAUACAUUUUUUUAAUUAAAUACAA